AUGGCCUAUGUGUACAAUACUGUGAUUAAUGUUGACGGUAAUUCUGAUCAAACAACAUUUUUGCCUUGCUGCAAUACAUCAAUAGCUGUCGACUAUCAGCCACAACAUAUUCAAGAAGUCUACUAUGCACCUGAACCACCACCACAAAUUCAAGUUGUACGACAACGAUUACCCGAUCCACCACCAGAUAUCAUCGAGCGAGUCGUCGUAGUACCUCAACCUAAAAAAUAUGUUUAUCAAGUUGUCGAAGUGCCAACAAAACCACCACCUGUCAUUCAAGAACGUGUAGUUCAUCAAACUCCAAAUGCACCUUUAUGUGGCGGUACCUAUCACGUCAAAGUUCCACCAAAGACAACUGGACAACAAGCACGCAUAGUGAAAUCAACAUCUGGUAUUGUCUCGGGAGCACCAAAUCUCGUACCAUCAACAUCAUUUACACAACCGUCGAGAGUUGUUUAUACAUCAUCUCCUCCACCUCCAACUAUUAACUAUUAA